CAGUCACCAUCAUCUCGUAAAUUACUCUUUUUGGAAUAUUUUUCCCAUUUUUAUUUUUGUCAAAAAUCAAAAUAUAAAGAUACCUCAAAAACAUUCUCUCUCUGCAGGACCUUCAACUUCUAUUGAUUUUUGUUGUCGCUCGCUCGAAGAGAGGGCUGUUUUGUAGUUGGAAUCUUCUGUUCGUUUCCCGAGAAAGCUGAAAGCUUAUAGAUAUACUAUUGAGUACUCCUUUUUUUGUAAGUGUUGGAAUUUGUUCUUGGUGCAGAAGUGGGAAAUGGUUAACAGGUAUGGAGUGUUUUGAUUUGCAUAGAAUAUCAUGUUGCAGUGCAUAGAGGGAUUCAUUGCUUCCCUAUUGCGGUGUUUUGAUCUUGAUUUAUACAAACAAUCAAGAGGCCUUGAAGACCCUGAACGUCUUGCCAGGGAGACCGUGUUUAGUGUGAGUGAAAUAGAGGCACUGUAUGAGCUCUUUAAGAAGAUCAGCAGCGCCGUGAUUGAUGACGGACUGAUCAACAAGGAGGAGUUUCAAUUGGCAUUGUUCAAGACAAACAAAAAAGAGAGUUUAUUUGCCGAUCGGGUCUUUGAUUUGUUUGAUACAAAACACAAUGGGAUCCUAGGAUUUGAAGAGUUUGCUCGUGCCCUCUCUGUUUUUCAUCCAAAUGCCCCCAUUGAUGAUAAGAUUGAAUUUUCUUUUCAAUUGUAUGAUCUCAAACAGCAAGGUUUCAUUGAGAGACAGGAGGUGAAACAAAUGGUAGUUGCUACUCUAGCUGAAUCUGGUAUGAACCUUUCAGAUGACGUCAUUGAAAGUAUAAUUGACAAGACUUUUGAGGAAGCUGAUACAAAACAUGACGGCAAGAUUGACAAGGAAGAGUGGAGAAGCCUUGUUCUGCGCCAUCCAUCUCUUCUGAAAAAUAUGACUCUUCAGUAUCUCAAGGAUAUUACCACUACAUUCCCAAGCUUUGUGUUCCACUCACAAGUUGAUGACAUGUAAACUUGAGAUUUGCCAUCAAGUUCAAUAAAAUUUGUUAAUCAUGGCCUGUUUCUUCAUGAACAAAAAUGGCUCUCACACAUGCAAAGGGCAAGAGAGAGGGAGAGAGAGUUUCUUCAUGCAUUGUAUUGGUUGUUCUUUUGAAAGUUCUUGGUUGUGUAUAUUUUUAUUCAAUGAUUGACCAUUUCCUUGUUUUCUUUUGGUCUCAUAAUCGCUGAAGGUCUGUUUUAUUUUUUUGUUCGUUAAAGGGGUUAAAGACAGUGGUGUGGUUUCCAUGUGACGUGUUUAGGAUCAUGUUUUGUUGUGGAAGCAGAUGUAUGUGCUGUGAAUUAGCCUCUCGCCGUUGUAAGUGCUCUGUGCUCAUAGUCAGCAACCCUUUGAUAAAUACAUUCCUGACUAUUGGUGCCCCAUAGUUCAAAUCCAUUGAUGAGUUAUUAUCAUCUA